AAUGGUUAAUGCUGGAAGAAAAUGGGAAAGGCAGCAGAAGAGAGCGGCGCGUAGACAGCGGGAUCGUCUGCGACAUCAGUAGGUUGCAGAGGAGCAACAACUGCCUAGGUUUCAAGAGGAGGAGCAGCAGCAGCAGCAGGCUCAGGAGUCUCGGGAUCAGAACGAACAUUAGGGUAGGUAUCCUGAGUAUCCUCCUCAGUUAGCUGACAUCUUUUCUCAGGCUGUAGUAGCAGGCGUAGCAUCUGCACUCUAGAAUCAGCCACAGGUUCAGCAAGCACCUGUGCCAGUACGGGUAGUUCAGGCUAGCCCUUGGGAGAAGGCUAAGAGUUCUUUCACAAAGGGGAGCCCACCUCAGUUCUCAGGCUCCACCGAUGUGAGUGUGGCUUAUCAGUGGAAGAAGGACAUAGAGCGUCAUCUUCGCUUGGUUGAGUGCACGGAGGUGCAGAAACAGAUGCUUGCUACCUUCAAGCUUGUAGGGGAUGCACUCCAGUGGUGGGAGUCAGCUACCACCAUAGAGGAGAGAACUUCAUUAACUUAUGAUCAGUUUAGUGCUCGUUUUGAUAAGAAGUAUUUUUCAUAUGCAAUCAGAGCAGCUAUGAAGAAGGAGUUUCUUAACUUAGAUCAGGGGAACAUGACAGUAGCAGAGUAUAAGCAGCAGUUUGCACGCUUAUCUCUAUUUGCUCCAGAAGAGGUGGAUACCGAGAUGAAGAAACGUACUAGCUUUGUUAAGGGGCUGACCUGGUCAAUUAAGCAAGUUAUUACAGGAAGUCCAGCCUACACUACUUAUGCUCAAGUGGUGGAUGCCGCUUUACAGCUUUAUCAGUUGAAUGUGGAAUUCAGACAGACUAGGGGUGAGAAGCGGGGUGACAGAGACUCUGUUAAUCAGCCAGCUGAAAAAGGAUAUGGUAAUGGGCAUAGACAGAAUGAUAAGAGCAGAUUUCAGGGACAACAGCCUUGGAAGAAGCAUAAGAAUGGUUCAGAUGCUCAGAGAAAUGGGGCACCUAUUCAGAGGCAGCAGAAUAGGGCACCACAAACAAUAGAGGGUCAACCUCAGGGUAACCAUCACAAGAAACAAUUUGGUCCUUUCAGAGGCUUUUGUUAUGGUUGUAGAGAGCUCGGACACACUGCCAAGAGGUGUCCCAGGGCUAUGCAGGGACAUCAUGUGCAGCAGGGGCAGCGACCACCAUUUCCUUUACCUGCUCCACAGGUGCCACGCAUUCAGGGACAAGUGUUCCCGGCUUUACCAGCGCCACCGCCACCACGGGGAUAGGCACCGCAGCAGUUACACUAUGGCAGGGUGUAUAACCAUAUGCCAUAUGACGUUCAGACUUCUCAAGCUAUUGAGGGUACAAGAUGGUUCCAGCCUUAGAGCUUGAUCAUGCUUGUCGAGGACAGACUCUCAUUCAUCUACUUACGUACUUUCCCAGAGAAAUGGUUAAAACCGGGACUUUAUGAUGAUAUCGAAGCUUACAGAGUCGUUGCCAGUCAUCCGGAGCAAGCCGAGAGCUUAAAUGGUGAAGUUUGGAGGAAUUCAAGAACUAGAGCUUGGGCUGGACCCGUGCAACAAAAAAAGAAGAAAAGUCAACGAGGCAUUGAAGCUCGAGCCUUGUACCUCAGAGCUCGAGCCCUAAUAGAAGGUGCUUAAGCCUUACCUAACGGUGCUCGAGCCUUGGCCCUCAAGCUCGAGCACAAGGCGUCAAAAUUUAAAGAGUUGAUUUAAUAGAAGAACCAAGAUCCCAUGGCCUCGUGCCAAGACUCAAGGAUCGAGCACCGUCACUCAAAGCUCGAGCCUUGAGUACCUAAAGCUCAAGCCUGGUACUUAGUGCUCGAGCCCAUAAAGGUUGGAUCGAGCAAUGUUAAAAGUGAUCAAUCCUAAAAAUAUUCUAAGUGUUAAAGGGAAAGACGUUUCGAAAAAUAGUUGAAGAAAUUUGGCUAAGUGUCAAAGUGAAGAUCGAGCAUCAGUCCUUGAAGCUCGAGCAUUAAUCCAGAGAAGCACGAGCCUUACUCCCAAAGCUCGAAGCCUGAACCUCAAAGCUCGAGCUCGAUUUCCUAAAGCUUGAGCUUUCCAUGGCAGAUUAGAUUUCAAGUUACGAGAUUAUUCCUUUUCAAGUCAUAUUUCACUCCAGAUGGGCCAGAAGUCCUAAAAGCUCACCAGAUCCUUAUUUUCUUCUAUAAAAGAAGGCAUAGGCCUUAAUAGAAGAGGUCUAAAAUUCUAAGUCCUUUUUCCGGUGUUAUUCAGAAAGCUGAUAGUGUGGUGGCUUUUAGGGUUUUCAUAACCUUAGAAGGUAAAGAUCCUGAGAAGAGAAGUGUUGUCUGUGAUGAUGGAGACGACUAUAGUACAGAUGAUAUCCGACAUCGUCAUGAGUAGCUAAUUCCUCUCUUAGGGCACUGAUGUAACCCAAUCUAGUACUAUGGUUUGAUUGUUCUAACUCUGGGAUAUUUUUAAAUAAAUAUUAUGUUUUUU